AUGCCUCCUUCGCGCGCAGCACCGCUUACGAGCUCCUUCUCCGUCAGUGACGAGAACAACGUCGUCGUCUGCCCGCUGCGCAACCAUGAUAGCUCAGCUUGCCGAAAGCGCUGCACAGGCGAGAAGCGCUUUCGCUCUAUGCAAGAGCACAUUCGACGUGCUCACCCCGAGCACUACAUUUCCAAGCUUCCAGCAACAGAGGAAAGCUUUCUGUUAAUGGUCAAUACACCACCGCAAGAACGAGCUCCUCCUCCUCCUACAGCGACGGCAGUGGCAGCGCCACAAACGUAUGAUUACAGCAACAAUGAACACAAUUCCUUCUUCGAGUCCGAAUUCGGCGCCAAUUCUCUUCGAGGGACUGGCGAAACGCGUCGGCCAUCGCUACUGCCUACCGCGACUGCUGCGGCUGCUCUGGCCUCAUUACACAAUCACCGUGCAGAGUAUGACUGGGAUUCAGAUCCGGACGCAGCAUCCGACCCAGACUCGAAGAACUUCAGGCCCCGCGCGCGCUUUGCCCCAACCCCCGUAGGCCCACCGAGCAACACCGAAGAACCAUACUAUACUUCUGGCUCUAUCCAGCAAGAGCUCUUGCCAUCCUCUCUCGCGCGCUCACCUCCCGGUCGCUCUUCCACUCUGCCUCCGGGAGCUCACUCUGUUAAGCCGAACCGGCCUCGGAAGCCGUCCAUAGGGCAGAAUGCUCGUCGAGGGAAACAUGAACGCCAGAAAUCAAAAGACCACAGUCGGAGAAUGAGCUAUGACCGAAAAGCAUUUUCAGCUGAGCCUGCAACAGCAGCUGCCAUUAUGGGUAAACGGUGGGAAGACCUCAUUGACGCUGCUGCUUCAGCAACUGAAGAAGAUAGCCGUGAUUUGACCCCUGUGCCGCAAUCGCCCAAUCACUCACCCCACAUGAUGAACAGUCGAACAUCUAUGCCACCCUUCAACUUUGCUUCACAACUCCAGUCAUACACCGCAUCCCCCUUGAACAAUGCCUUGACGCCUCCACCGCCAGACAUGUCGGAUCUGCAGCCCUUCCCCUCUGUCGAGUCAUCGAUUGAAUCAGCAAUGUCUGGCCACAAUUUUCAUAUGCCCUCGCAGGGCCUUUCUGACUCGUCUCCCAACUCCCUAUUUCCUGUUCAAAUAUACUGCGCUGCCUGUCGGAAGCUAUCCAUAUUGCGCGACAGCUAUGCAUGCUCUGAAUGCAUCUGCGGUCUGUGCCAGGAGUGCGUCGACGUUCUGGUCAGCGAACACAAUCGCGGUCGCGCUCCAACGUGCCCACGGUGCAGCACCAUUGGAGCCAAGUUUAAGCCCUUCCAGUUGGACAUUAGAUGA